AUGACGAGGAAGAAAGCGCCCCAAAUUCACCUUCUCCAUCUCGAUCUAGAAACUUCGGAUUCGGAGCGGUUAGAUUUGGCAAAGUAUGUGAAAUCGGAGAGGGUGAUUAGGGAGUUUGGGAAUGUGAUUGUUAUUGGAAAGGCUAAUUUGGUGAUUUAUAAAGGGCCUACUGUCAUUGCUAGCACACUUCACGCAGUGGCGAUUUUGUUGAAGGAAGCUAAGGAUUGGGACUGGUUCGUCAAUCUUAGCGCAUUUGAUUAUCCCCUCAUGACUCAAGAUGGUAAUUUGGAUUUAUACGUAGGGAAAUGCAGAUAUUGGGAUUUGGAACUCGGACGCGCUGAUGUUAGAGUAAAUUCAGUUAAGCUCCGGAUCCAUAGUUCGGAAUUGAAUGAACUGAAGUGAGAGCAAAAUAUGAUAUUUAUAUAAUAAGUAGGGUUUUGAUGUUGUUGAUGGAACUUUAGCAAUGGUUGAUGGUGAUAGAGCAUGGAACC